AUGUGCACGGGAGGUUGUGCCAAGUGCCUGGGAGCCACUCUCAUCCCUCUGGCUGUGCUCUGCACCCUCGCUAACAUUUUGUUGUUUUUUCCUGGAGGGAAAGUGCCUGAAGACAAUACACACAUUACAGCAGAGGUCUGGUACUUCGGUGGGAUCUUGGGAUCUGGUAUAUUGAUGAUAUUCCCUGCCUUGGUAUUUUUGGGCCUUCAGAACAAUGAUUGCUGUGGAUGCUGCGGCAAUCGGAGCUGUGGAAAGAGAUUUGCGAUGUUUUCUUCUAUCAUAUUUGCCGCAAUUGGAGUUCUGGGAGCUGGAUACUGCUUUAUCUUGUCAGCAGUAGCCCUGAACAAAGGCCCUAAAUGUAAAAAUGGAAACGACUGGGUCUACCCUUUCAAAGAUGGGAAUUACCUCGGUAACCAUAACCUGUGGGACAAGUGUCAGUCACCUGAAAAUAUUGUCCCAUGGCACCUGACCCUCUUCUCCUUGCUGCUGGUCAUGAGUGGGAUCCAGGCAGUGCUCUGUGGCAUCCAGGUGGUGAACGGUCUGUUUGGAACCCUCUGUGGGGACUGCAAAUGCUGCGGAUGUUGUGGGGGAGAUGGAACUGUCUAA